AACAUCCAGUCUAUACGAGAGUCCCGUCUCCAAGUAUCCCAAACAAAACAAGUCCUGGAGAUACAGACCGCCACGGCGGCGAUGCUCGCUUUGCUUAGGCUCUCCGGCGGAAAAUCCCGAGGCCAAACCUCCAAAUCGCCCGUCGGAACCAUCGGAAUGUAAAACCUAACCGCCGGGACUCAGAGAGAAGAGGACGUCUUCGAGACAGAGCAUGGGCAACAAGAUCGCUCGGACGACGCAAGCCUCGGCGACGGAAUACUACCUCCACGACCUGCCGUCGUCGUACAAUCUUGUGCUGAAGGAGGUUUUAGGCAGAGGCAGAUUCCUCAAAUCCAUACAGUGCAAGCACGACGAGGGAUUGGUCCUCGUUAAGGUAUAUUUCAAGCGUGGCGACUCGAUCGAUCUUCGCGACUACGAGCGGCGACUCGCACAAAUCCGUGAGAUCUUCCCUAGGCGUGACGAUACCCAUUGCUGGCCCUUCCAGUUUUGGCUUGAAACGGAUAAAGCAGCUUAUCUGCUGAGGCAAUACUUUUUCAAUAAUCUUCAUGACCGAUUAAGCACUCGGCCUUUUCUCAGUAUUGUUGAAAAGAAAUGGCUGGCUUUUCAGCUAUUGUUUGCAGUGAAACAGAGCCAUGAGCAUGGAGUUUGUCAUGGUGACAUUAAGUGCGAGAAUGUUCUUGUAACUUCAUGGAAUUGGCUUUACCUUACUGACUUUGCGUCCUUCAAGCCCACUUAUAUUCCCCACGAUGAUCCCUCCGAUUUCUCAUUUUUCUUUGACACUGGAGGAAGAAGACGAUGUUAUCUUGCUCCGGAGAGGUUCUAUGAACAUGGAGGUGAGAUGCAAGUUGCACAAGAUGCACCACUAAGGCCAUCUAUGGACAUCUUUGCUGUAGGGUGUGUGAUUGCGGAACUUUUCCUUGAGGGCCAGCCUCUUUUUGAAUUGUCUCAGCUUCUUGCUUAUCGCAGAGGUCAAUAUGAUCCUGCCCAACAUCUUGAGAAGAUCCCAGAUUCAGGAAUCCGUAAGAUGAUUCUUCACAUGAUUCAGUUGGAUCCAGAGUUGAGAUUUUCUGCUGAAAAUUACCUUCAGAACUAUGCAAGUGUUGUAUUCCCAAGCUACUUCUCACCGUUUCUUCAUAAUUUCUAUUCCCACUUGAAUCGACUUGAUUCUGAUGCAAGGGUUGCAGUGUGCCAGACUGUUUUUCAGGAGAUACGUAAGCAAAUGAUGAACAAAAUUUCAAAUCAGGAGACAGGUGUUGGACUGGGAAAACAGUCAGGCACCAUAGGUGGUCAAUCAUUACAACCGAUGGGUAUAAAGAAAAACUUUGAUUUGAAAAAUGUUUCCCUGAUGGAAAAGGAAGAGGCAGAGAAAGGGUCAGUUAAUGAUCGUCUUGAACUUAUUGGUGAUAUCAGUAAUUUACUCAGAGAUGUGAAACAGAGUAAUCGCUAUUCAGAAAUGAAACCGAUACUAGUGGAUGCAGCGACUUCUGCAUUAUCUGAAGAUCAGAAACAGUGUGGCAUGCAAUCCCCUGGCGAGCUACUUCAGUCCAUCUCUAGUGUAUUUAAAAGAAAUCACCAUCCUUUUCUGAAAAAAAUUACAAUGAAUGAGUUGAAUUCAUUGAUGUCUGAAUAUGAAAAUCAGUCAGACACUUUUGGAAUGCCUUUGUUACCAUUGCCUCAGGACGGUGAUAGCUGUGAAGGUAUGGUUCUGAUUGCCUCUCUGCUAUGUUCUUGCAUACGCAAUGUCAAACUGCCUCAUCUGAGAAGGGGAGCUGUACUGUUGCUUAAGUCUUGCUCCUUAUAUAUUGAUGAUGAAGAUCGACUGCAGCGUGUACUUCCAUAUGUUGUUGCAAUGCUUUCUGAUGUUGCGGCAAUCGUGCGCUGUGCUGCUUUGGAGACUUUGUGUGAUAUUCUGCCUUUAGUUCGAGAUUUUCCUCCUAGUGAUGCUAAAAUUUUUCCAGAGUAUAUUCUUCCAAUGCUGUCCAUGCUUCCCGAUGAUUCAGAGGAAAGUGUGAGGAUAUGUUAUGCUAGCAAUAUAUCUAAACUGGCUCUAACUGCUUACGGGUUUUUACUUCACUCAAUAAGCUUGAGUGAGGCAGGUAUUCUCAAUGAAGCAAAUUCGUCUCCCCCAUUUACUGAGGCAUCUGGACGCUUGCAUAACCGGAACAGUGAUGUGCAGCUUGCACAGUUGAGGAAGUCCAUAGCUGAUGUCAUUCAGGAACUUGUAAUGGGCCCAAAGCAAACUCCAAACAUCAGGAGAGCACUUUUGCAGGAUAUAGGCAACUUAUGUUGGUUCUUCGGUCAGAGACAGAGUAACGACCUUUUGUUGCCCAUCCUUCCUGCUUUUUUAAAUGAUAGAGAUGAACAGCUGAGAGCUGUAUUUUAUGGACAGAUCAUUUAUGUCUGCUUCUUUGUGGGCCAAAGAAGUGUAGAGGAGUAUCUUCUACCUUACAUUGAGCAGGCCUUAAGUGAUGCAUCAGAGGCUGUAAUUGUGAAUGCAUUAGAUUGCUUGGCCAUUCUAUGCAAGAGUGACUUCCUACGGAAGAGGGUAUUGCUUGAAAUGAUUGAGCGUGCUUUUCCAUUAUUGUGUUAUCCCAGCCAGUGGGUAAGGAGGUCAUCAGUCACCUUUAUUGCAGCUAGCAGUGAGAGUUUAGGUGCUGUAGAUUCUUAUGUUUUCCUUGUCCCAGUCAUACGUCCAUUCCUCCGCAGACAACCUGCAUCUCUAGCAUCAGAAAAGGCUCUUCUUUUAUGUUUAAAGCCUCCUGUCCCUAGGCAGGUAUUUUAUGAAGUUUUAGAAAAUGCCAAGAGUUCAGACAUGUUAGAGAGACAGAGAAAGAUAUGGUAUAAUUCAUCACCUCAAUCUAAACAACAGGAAACUGUAGACCUGUACAAGAGAGCAGCUGGAGAAUUGAAUCCAAUAAAGGGAUGGUCUGACAGACCAUAUGAUGUAGAGGGUCAUACACCUGGUGGCAAUGGAACUGAAUGGCUGAAUCUGACCAAGCCUGAUAAUGGUGAUGCUAAACUAGGUGUUACGGCUAGCUUUCUUCCUACUACUUCUGGCCCAAUUGAUAAUCGUGAUUCUCUUUGCCCAGAAAAAUUGCAAUUUUCUAGCUUUAUGUCUCCUCAAAUUAGUUGCUCGAACAGUUUUAUUGUUGAGAAAUCAUCAGGAGGCAUACCUUUGUAUUACUUUAAGAAAGAUAAACGAGCAGCAGCAAUUACUCCAGCGGCCUCUGGUUCAUCACUGCAAUUGAACACUCUUGGCUUGGGUUCAUCGUCCAUGCCUUGGAUGGAUCCAGCAAAUAAAUCCUUAGGCUUGGCUAGUUCAGUUCCAUUGCCUAAGCUAGUCUCGGGUUCUUUUAGUAUUAGUAACAAUUCUAAACAGUUUCACAGAGUGGUGCAUGAAGCAGAAAGCAGGGAAAAUGAUCAAACAGCAUUUAUUAGCAGCAAGUUUCAAGACUCAACUAGAUCUAGUGCAAUGAAAGGAAGUCCUAUUGUAGAGGAAGAUGGCGGAAGUCCAACAGAUGUAACUGGAUUACCAUCGUUUACACGAGGUUCAUCAAUCCCAGGUUCAGGGUGGAAGCCACGUGGGGUGUUGGUUGCACAUCUUCAGGAGCAUCGUUCUGCUGUUAAUGACAUUGCCAUUUCCACGGAUCAUAGCUUUUUUGUAAGUGCAUCUGAUGAUUCCACUGUUAAGGUGUGGGAUUCCAGGAAGUUAGAGAAAGACAUCUCAUUUAGGUCGAGGCUAACUUAUUCCCUGGAGGGAAGCAGAGCACUACACGUUGCAAUGCUCCAAGGCUCCGCUCAAGUUGUUGUUGGAGCCUGCGACGGUGUAAUACAUAUGUUCUCUGUUGAUUAUAUCUCUAGAGGUCUUGGCAACAUUGUUGAGAAGUAUACAGGCAUUGCUGAUGUCAAAAAAACAAGUGUUGGAGAAGGUGCCAUACUCAGCCUUCUAAACUAUUCAGCAGAUAGGGAUUCCAGGCAGAUGAUUAUGUACAGCACCCAGCAUUGUGGGAUACAUCUUUGGGAUAUGAGAACAAAUUCAAACUCAUGGAAUUCAACAGUAAAUCCUGAGGAAGGUUAUGUGUCCUCUCUGGUGGCAAGCCCUUGUGGGAACUGGUUUGUGUCUGGCUCUUCAAGAGGUGUGCUUACUCUUUGGGAUCUUAGGUUCUGUCUUCCUGUCAACUCAUGGCAGUAUUCUCUUGUUUGUCCUAUUGAGAAAAUGUGCCUUUUUCUUCCACCUUCAAACACUGCUAUAUCAACUGCUGCAAGGCCUCUUGUUUAUGUUGCAGCAGGUUGUAAUGAAGUCUCUCUUUGGAAUGCAGAAAAUGGAAGCUGCCACCAGGUAUUGAGGGUGAUAAAUAAUGACAGUGAUGCUGAUUUUUCUGACCUUCCUUGGGCAUUGGCCAGGCCAUCCACUAAAGCAAAUAUUAAACCCGAUCUAAGGCGAAAUGUCAAUCCUAAGUACAGGGUUGAUGAACUUAAUGAGCCUGCUGUCCGUGUUCCUGGUAUUCGUUCUUUGCUCCCCUUACCUGGAGGAGAUCUGUUAACUGGUGGUACAGACUUGAAGAUACGUCGCUGGGACCAUUACAGCCCUGACAAGAGCUACUGUGUCUGUGGGCCAACUGUAAAGGGAGUUGGAAAUGAUUAUUUUUUUGAAACAAAGUCUAGUUUUGGGGUACAAGUUGUGCAGGAGACGAUGAGACGACCUCUGGCAACCAAGUUGACUCCAAAGACAGUACUUGCUGCUGCUGCCACUGAUUCUGCAGGUUGCCAUCGUGACUCUAUUCUAUCUUUGGCUCCUGUCAAGCUGAACCAACGACUUCUAAUAUCAAGCAGUAGAGAUGGGGCCAUUAAGGUUUGGAAGUAAAGGGCCUUAGCUUCAGAGUGAUUUAUUGUACAUACUGCAGAUGUUAGUCAAAACUGUACAUAACAUACUAAGAAUAGGAGAUGCGUUCCUGGAUCAUCACUCUACGUUCAACCCCUUCCUCAGUCCUAAUACACCCAGUUGCUAGAUUGUAAAGCAAGUGGCUGUAUUGGGACAGAUAGUAACUUAAUACAGUUUGAAUGCUAUUAUUUCACAGGUUUAUGUGUGAAUUUCAAGAAUUUCUAUUUGUA